AUGGGUCAGACUCUCUCGGAGCCCGUCGUGAAGAAGACCACGUCUUCCGGCGGCAACGACUCGGUUCUUUAUGCGAUCUCUGAGAUGCAAGGUUGGCGAAUCAGUAUGGAAGAUUCGCACACCACCAUUCUCGACAUCAAGAACGAGGAUGGAGACAUUGUCGGCAACUUUUUCGGUGUUUUUGAUGGCCAUGGAGGCGCAACAGUCGCUCAGUACUGCGGCCGCAAUUUGCACAACACCCUGCUGUCGGAGGACAAAUUCAAGCAGGGAGACUACACUGAAGCACUUCAACAGACUUUCUUGGACGUUGACGAGGAACUGAAGAAAGAUCCGAACUACACAAGCGACCCUUCUGGCUGCACCGCUGUCACGGCGUUCAUCAAGACAACGGCCAAGGACCCGAAGCGGGUCGAAAAAAUCUUUGUUGCAAAUGCAGGCGACUCCAGAUGUGUUCUCUCUCAAGCCGGCAACUGCAUCGAGAUGAGCAAUGACCACAAGCCCACGCUGGACUCGGAGCGGGAACGUAUCGAGUACGCUGGUGGUUACGUUAGUUGGGGCCGCGUCAAUGGUAAUCUGGCUCUCAGUCGAGCCAUUGGCGACUUUGAGUUCAAGCGCACAUUCGAUCUUCCAGUAGAAAGACAGAUUGUCACUGCCUUCCCCGAGGUUCUCGACAGAGAGGUUCUCGAAGCCGAAGACGAGUUUCUCGUCCUCGCAUGCGAUGGUAUCUGGGAUUGUCUCAGCAGUGUCAAGGUGGUGGACAUUGUGCGAAGAUCUAUUGCCAACGGCAAGGAACUCGCCGAUAUCUGUGAAGAUCUCAUGGAUCGCUGUCUUGCUCCUGACUCGGACACGGGUGGAAUUGGCUGCGACAACAUGACCGUCUGCAUUGUUGCCUUGCUCAACGGACGAAGCAAGGACGAAUGGUAUAGCUGGAUCAAGGACAACAUUGAGGUGCCCAAAUUUGGGCGCACCACACCCAAAGAGGUGCCUCCCGUUUUCAGCAACACGCAGACAUCUACACGCGGUCAGGAGACCGGAAUGGAGGGCGCAGUUAGCAUCCAAUCGCUUCUUUCCGGGGGAUUGGCACGCGGCGAGAAUGGUGAGCAAGGAGCAGCAGGUGCGCUCCAAUUGCCUGGCGGAUUGGCCGGCGCGCUCAGCGGAGCCGGCAUCGUGUUCCGUCCUGGUGGACGCUCCGACGAGGGCGAGGUGGUCUACGAAGCACACGUCGUCGAUGAGGAGGAUAGCGGAGAUGAGCAACCGGAUCAGAGCAGCAGCGAGUCUGCUCCCAAGGCAUCCACAACGGAAAAGGCAACUGACGGCGAUGCUGCAGAGCCAAGGCUGGUCGAGUCGCCUCACACGGAUGCCAAGCCAGCCAGCUCGAACCAAGAGUCGGACAAGAUGGAGGUGGACGACGACACUAACACGUCUGCCAAGUCGCAAGACGCAUCGAACGCCUAA